AUGGGAGAUCAGUACCUUCCACACUAUUCGAACUGGAUUGAUGGCGCCUACUCUCCACCAUCGUUCUUUGACAUAAAAGUUAUCAACCCAGCAACCGAAGAAAUCAUAGCUACCGUCGAAGCCACAACUCGCAGUGGAGUGCAAGACAUCGUCUCUAAAUCAUGGCAGAACUUCAACGAGGGCACAUGGUCCAAAGCAGAUGCCUCGGACCGAUUCGCCGUCUUAUCAAAAGCCGCUGCACUAUUACGUGCCCGCAUCCAAGAAUUCGUUCACUUGGAAGUCCAGCAGACAGGUCGCCCCAUUCGCGAAAUGCGUGCCCAGUUAGCACGUAUCCCCGAAUGGUUGGAAUAUUUUGCUAGCCUGGCGCGAACUCAAGAAGGUGCUGUGACACCGUUCAAGGGCCCUGUUGUCAACACUUUGACUCGUUUACCGUUAGGUGUUGUGGCUCUGAUCACGCCUUGGAAUCAUCCGUUAUUGAUCAGCAUGAAGAAAAUAGGUGCAGCGCUUGCGGCUGGGAAUGUGGUCAUUGUUAAGCCUUCUGAACUGGCUCCGGUAUCCAUACUUAAAUUAGGGGCAAUUUUCAAAGAGGCUGGUUUACCAGAUGGGACGUUACAGAUCAUUUCGGGAUAUGGUCGAGAAACAGGGAAAUACCUAUGCGAGACACCUACAUUAUCUAAAAUCGAUCUUACAGGGGGUCUGGCUACAUAUCAGGCUAUUGCGCCGUCGGCAUCGUUGAACAUGAUCCCCAUCACAGCGGAAUUGGGAGGCAAAGCACCCGUCUGCAUCUUCGAGUCAAUGAAUGUUGAGCAUGCCGUCAAAGCGGCGCUAUUUGCUAGUUUCAUUGCUAGUGGGCAGACCUGUGUGACUGGGAGCCGACUCCUCGUCCAUACAGAUAUAUACGAUGCCUUCGUGGAGUUGCUGGUCAAGAGGACAAAGGCAUUGCGGCUAGGCGACCCGACCGAUUCCCAAACACAAAUCGGCGCAGUCAUCAACAAAGCCGCCGUCGAAAGAUGCGCAGCAUUUGUCUCGCGAGCAAUAACUGAAGAAGAGGGCGGGAAACUACUGUGUGGUGGGAAGCCAGCCAGCCUUCAAGACAAGGGCUACUUUUUUGAGCCAACUCUCAUCGAGACACACGCUAAAUCAGACCUCUCAUGUAACGAAGUCUUUGGUCCCGUCAUUGCCAUCAUUCGCUGCAAAUCAGAAUCCGAGAUUGUUAAUAUUGCGAAUGGCACGAAUUACGCUUUGGGUGCUUCUAUCUGGACUCAAGACUUUACGCAGGCCCAUCGCGUUGCAGGUAAAAUUGAGGCUGGUAUUGUUUGGGUAAACGGACAUCAUCUUAAUGAUCCUUCAUCUCCCUGGGGUGGAUUCAAGGAGAGUGGCAUGGGAAAAGAGAAUGGGCGGGAGGCGUAUGAGAGUUAUACGAAGGUGAAGAGUAUUGUUUAUAACUACGGGGUUUUGCCGACAUGGUUUGAUGAUGAGGUAGCAAAUGCUCGGUACGGAUAA